CCGGCCUAUCCCACCACCUGCCCUGCCCGUCCUGCCCGCGCUGCCCGCCUCUCUAUCCUCCCCUCCCUCUCUCUCUAGAGUGUGAAAAGUCCUCCUUCCUCUGCACUCCCCUUCCUCUGCACCUCCCCUCUCAUGGAGUUCGCCUAGUUCUAUUGUACCCCGUUGAGAGCUAGCUGAUCCAUCUUGAAUCCUUCAGAUCUGUGGCUCCUUGUUUCAGCUUCCUCAACUCAGCCGUCCAGAUGGCGUCCCUGACACCUGAAGCUGAAGCCCCCCGAGGAGGAGAAGGGCUGCUCGCCGGCGGCGACGUCCUCGCCACCGAGGGUCCUGUAUUUGAUAUUCCUGACUUCAAUAUGGGUGGGAAGAAGAAUGAUGAUGAUGCUCCUACUGAUGCUGGUGAUGAAGACGGUGGUGAUGAUGAUGGCGACGAGGAUGGUGACUUUGGGGAAGGCGAAGAGGAUGUAUCAGAAGGCGAGGGGUAUGAUAAUCCGAAGGGCACUGAUAACAAUAAGAAGCAAAGAGGUGAGCCUGAGGAAAAUGGCGAGGAGGACGAGGAAGAACCUGAAGGCCAGGAGGGUGGUGGAGGUGAUGAUGACGACGACGAUGAUGAUGAUAAUGAGGAUGACGACGAUGACGAUGAUGGUGGUGAAGACGAAGAUGAGGGAGUAGAUGAGGAAGAGGAAGAUCAGGACAAUGAGGAUGAUGAGGAAGAUGACGAUGAAGACUCACUUCAGCCCCCAAAGAAGAGGAAGAAGUGAAUAUCUUCGAUGCGGCUAUAGUUACCAUGCGCUGAGCUGUGCCUGGUUUUCGUUCAUGUUCUCGGAAUCGAACUUGCAUUAGGGAGUUAAGAAAAAAAGGGCUCCACACGUUCAGUACGUGUGGAUUUGUAGGGGCUUUAUGAUUUCAAGCAAUUAGACAGAACUCUGUUGUCAUUGUUGCUUGCUUCUGUGGAGUUGAACAGAUGUUUCGCUAACAUAAUUCGACCUGAAUGGCGGAAGCCUGAAGAUUGAAU